CGUGUUUUCUUCUUCUAUUUGGUGAUAAUAUCAAUAUCAGUAGUCGUCGCUGAAAAUUAGCUACAUUAACAGGUACGAAACAGCCACAGGUUGGCAUACCGGACGAAAGACUCAUAAGGGCGAGAGGGGGAAUUCAAAUGGCAUCCUAUCUUUCCGGUGUACCACCACCAUCCAUCCUAUCCUCCACAUUGUUAUUCCAUCGCCAUCUUUCUAUCGACGCUGCCACCAUCUCUCAACGUGUCGAAGACUUGCUCGCCAUUGUUCGCCACCCCCCUUUCAGCUCAAAAGCUGCUCUCACGAAGGCUCAUCUACCAAAAUGGAUUUAGAUCUACUAGACAACUUACCACCGCCUACCAUUUCUCUUUCAGCGACUCGCUCUUGGAGUAUGUCGAAGUUCAUCGAUUUUCCUGAAGAUUUACCUGGCGAUGAAGAAGAUCACCAUAAUCCUCAGAUAGACGGUUACCGUUAUCCAGGAGAGUCUCGGUAUCUGCCUAUGGACCCAGUCAGUCGUGGGAUCCUCAUUCAAGGCUCGGGCGAGUACGUUCAUCCUCAAGAUGCUUGGGCGUCUUCAUUCUCGAAGAGAAACGGUUCAACAGACAGUCAAUACUAUCCCGCCGACUCCGUUUCUUACGCUGGAACCCCUAGCCCUACAUCGACAACAGGUCAUACAUUUCUUUCUGGCGACAUCCACGGCCCCAUAGGGACUUCAUUGGAUUCCGACUCACCGAGCAUUACCUCGCCCAACUCUGAUGGAAGCGACUCGAGUGGGAAUUCGGUUCAUUCAACAUCUGAAGGCCAUCAAGUUGCUUCAUCAAGACUAUCGGUCCCGUCGUUUAGUCCUUCGGUGCACGCUCAGUCCGGGUCUCACUCGCCGAUUUCCAUAUACUCCACAUCUUCUCCAUCGCCCUUGGUGUUAUCUGCUACCUCCUCACCGCGGGCAUCCUAUCUACCUGUACCGGACAAGUUGCCCUCUCCACUUCAACACCCUCAGGAAGACUAUGGUCCCAUGGUCAACAUGUCAGAUAUCUAUUCGCCCUCGUCCGCUUUCGAUCUUCACACUCAAGACGCCUACAACUUGACCUUCUCUCUCUCGGAAUUCGAUGAGUCUCGUUUGCAACAUUUUCCCCCACUCCUCGUCGCAUCGGCUUCUUACGAGGCUGAGCUAGAAAGCGAGUUUGAGUAUCAUUCUCCGUUCAGAGCGAUCGAUGCUGAGCUGGAACAACCCCUUGGCAAGCGUACUAGGUUGAACUCGGAUGUUGUAGACAAUAUCAGUGAUAGGAAGCGGGUACGUCGGAACUCUCCCGCGCAUACCAUGGAGAAAAAGAAGCGAGGGAGGCCUCGUAAGUCAGAGCCGGCUCUGAUUUCGCAGGCAGAGGCCUCGCCCCCUACCACGCUCAUUGACUCCGACGAGGAGUUCCUUCAGGGUGGUGAGAACGACUCGGAUAGCGAUGUUUAUGUGCCUUCAGACGAGGAAGGAGCUCGUCGUAUCCGUGGGAGGGGAAGGAAAGGCAGCGGAAGCGGAAGCGGAAACGCAGAUACGUUAAGGGAACUCGAGCUGCGUGCAAAUGGAGCGCAACAGUUGAGUGUACCUAGUAUUUUUGAGCCAUCAGGGCUCACUAGCGUUGAUGACGCUCAAUCAGCGGUUCAUCGGCGGCAGAAUGGCAGACGUUCACAGCCAGUCCCGGUGCCUAACGUGACGAAGAAGAGUCGGGGACGGAAGGUGCCAGUGUCAGGAGAGGAUGCAGAAGCGCCGAGUCCACCUGUAUACCAUCCCUUCGACUUUGACGGCGCUGGCACUGGCGCAGAUUUUGUGGUGGAUACCGUCGCACCUAGAGGCCGUCCUGUGAAGACCUUCACUCAAGACAUCCAGAGCUGUGUUGAACCUGAACACCCGCCUACCGGCGUUGCAAACGAGCCUUUUAAGGUUGUGAGCGGCGGUAUCAAGAAACUUUCCGGAGAGAGACGAUACGUGUGCACAGUGGACGGGUGUGGCAAAUGUUUCGUCAGAGGAGAACAUCUGAAGCGUCAUGUCAGGAGUUUACACACUUGGGAAAAGCGUGAGUGUUCUUCAUCACCUUCUCUCUACGGGGGCCGAAUUUUACUUUAUUUUAUUUUAUUCAUUUUCCGUCGUCAUUUUCCUUAUCCCUAUACCUCUUUUGUUUACGAUGACUUACUCUUCUUUGCUUCUUCCCUACCCCUUUUACUCCUAUAGCGCACAAAUGCCCUCAUCCUGGCUGCGGCAAGUCGUUCAGCAGAAGAGAUAACCUUGGUCAACAUGUCCGGGUCCAUCUCUGACCUCACAAGCUUUCGUUUCCUUCAAAACGCCCAUGUCGGACCUCAAAAAAAGUAUAAAAGACUUUGUGCUUCGUUAGCGACAGACGAAGAGCCUCCUUUCCAUUGCAUGUGUUACUUGGGUGCCGGCGUUCCUUUGUCGCCUGGGACGAUCUGUUUUGUCAUUUUGUAUCCCUUCCGUCCCUCAACAUGGAUUCUCAUCAUCGCGUGUUUCUGUCUGCUAAUCUGUAAAAACCCUCCUCAUACGCCCUUCCGCUGUAUUCCCCCCCGCUCGUCUGUUCUGGUUUCGCGGGUUCUCUCUCUCUCUCUCUCUCUCUGCCAUCCUUGUACACUUGGGUUUGUGUUGUGUAGUAGAUGAUCAAUCUGCGUACAUCUCCG